AUGUCAGAUCCAACAUCAGAUCCCAAAUACCAGCAAUUGUUCGCCGCACUCCAGACGCUGUACACCAACAGUGCACGAGCCGACAAGGAGCGCGCAAACACAUACCUUGAGGAAUUCCAGAAAUCAGCGGAAGCAUGGCAGGCGGUUCAUGCGAUCUUGAGUUCGAGUACGGCGGGGUUGGAGGCGAAGAUGUUUGCGGCGCAGACGAUGCGGACGAAGAUUACAUAUGACUUUCACCAGUUACCGAAAGAGUCGCUUGCAUCGCUGAGAGAUUCGCUUUUGGGGUUGCUCGUGAUGUAUCGCGCCGGCCCUAAACCGCUUAUGAUUCAGCUUGCUGUCUCAUUAGCUGGUCUUGCGCUUCAGAUGACGGAGUGGAAGACUGUGUUGCAGGAUGUUGUGCAGCACCUCGGAAACGACAAGGAGACUUGGCCGGCGAUGUUGCAGUUUAUUGCGGUUUUGCCGGAGGAGGUGAGUGAUUCGAAGAGGGUGUCGUUGACGGAGGAGGAGUUGGAUGCGAGGACAAUGGAGCUUUUGACGGAUAAUGCGGAUCAGGUGUUGCAGCUUUUGGUGCAGUAUGCGCAGACUGCUGGGCCGGAAGGACCGAGUCCUGUGUUCUUUGCGUGCUUGACGAGUUGGUUGAAGGAGAUUCCAUUGCAGUCAUUCAUUGCGACAUCGCUAUUCGAUUUGACGUUCUCGGCAUUGGCGGUGGAUUCUUGCUUCGAUGCGGCGGUGGAUUUGUUGUGUUCGAUCUUCAAGGAAACCAGGGAGGUGGAUGAAUACAUGAUGGUCAUUCAGGCCAUUUACCCACGACUAUUAGCGCUGCGACCAAGAAUUGCCGAGUCAAGAGAGGACCCGGAUGCGUUCAGGGGUUAUGCGAGGUUGUUUGCGGAUGCGGGAGAGAGUUGGGUGGUCCUCAUUGCGCGCAUGCCGAGGGAGUUCCGUGCGCUGGUGGAAGCUAUUGCGGAGGUCUGUGCAUAUGAUGAGGAUCUCGAGGCUGUCAAGUUUACCUUCUACUUCUGGUACGACCUCAAGCAGAUGCUCACCAUCGAGCGAUACGCUGAGGCUCGGGCGGAGCUCAGGGACAUCUAUGCCGGUUUAGUUGAUAUCAUGAUCAAGCACCUCCACUACCCCAAUGGCGACAACCCUAACGAUUUGUUUGACGGUGACCGUGAGGCUGAGGAGAAGUUCCGUUCGUUCAGACAUGAGAUGGGUGAUGUCUUGAAGGAUUGUUGUGUUGUGGUUGGUGGAUCGGAGUGUCUGCACAAGGCGUGGGAGAAGGUGUAUAUGUGCUUGCAGAACGGUACAACAAAGUGGCAGGAUAUUGAGGCGCCUCUGUUCAGUAUGCGAGCAAUGGCAAGGGAAAUCCCGUUCGAGGAGGACAGUGUGUUACCGCACAUCAUGGAGAUGCUGGUCAAGCUGCCUGAGCACGAAAAGAUCCGUUACGCGGCUACGCUGGUGUUGGGACGCUACACCCAAUGGACAUCAAGACAUCCGCAGUUCCUGGAAUACCAGCUUCAAUAUAUCACCUCUGGUUUCAAGAACCCUUCGAAAGACGUCAUGUCUGCUGCUGCUCAGGCGUUAAAGCACUUUUGUCAAGAUUGCAACCAGUUGCUCAUUGACUAUGUGCCUCAGUUGCAUCCGUUUUACCAGCAGGUUGCCCCGGCUUUGCAUAGUGCUGAUCUUUUCGAGGUCACUGAGGGGUUGUCGCAUGUCGUCGCCGCUCAACCUCCUGCCCAGCUCUAUGACACUAUGAAGAUGUUCUGCGCCCCCAUCGCUCAGGGACUUAUGGCUCAUAUCCCCAACGCCGCGACCGCUGAUGAGGAUCUGAUGAAGAAGAUUGCUGACGAGGUUGAGCUGUUGACUAUCUUUAUCCAGAACGUCGCUCCCUUCGUCGAGGCCAGCAAGCCCCAUCCCUGUGUCACUUUGAUGCAGGAGCUGUGGCCUGUACUCUCUGCUCUUCUCCAAGCUUACGGCAACGCGCCAUUCGUUGCCGAGCGUAUCAGCAAGUGUGUGAGAAGCAUGAUGAACGCUUACCGCAUGCACAUGUUGCCGCUCCUCCCGGCCAUCGCUGAGAUGUUGGUCGUCUACUUUGACAAACUUCAAUACGGUUGCUUCUUGUGGGUGAGCGGAACUCUCGUGAGAAACUUUGGUGAGCUUGAGGUUGCGGCGGAGACUAAGGCUGCUGUCUGGUCGUUUGUCCAACAGCAGGCUAUCAACAUGUUCAAGAUCCUGAACAAGACUCAACCAAAGGACAUCCCUGAUGUGAUUGAGGAUUUCUUCCGUUUCAUGGGUGAUGUAAUCAUGAACUUCCCUCAGCAGUUAUGCACGUCAAAUCUCCUUGACCCCGCCUUCCAGGCUGCACUCGUGUCGCUCAGCUUGGAACAACAAGACCCUCUCGUCUCCAUUCUGCAUUUCAUGCGCGAUAUGCUUGCGUGGGCUUUGCCAUCACCACCGACAUCGAUCAUGCCCCAUACUCCUCCGGAGGUCAUGGACGCUGUCCGUGCCAUCACCUCGCAGUACGGUCCGCAGUUGACUUCCAUCAUGUUCUCAGGAAUGAUCCACACCUUGCCCCGAGACUGUGUUCAAGAUGCCAGCGGUGUCUUGCUGAUGCUUUUGGAGAUCUUCCCUCAGGAGGCGGUUGGAUGGAUUGCGGCGACCAUUGCAGCCUUGCCCGAGGGUACCUCCAGUGCUGAAGAGCGCCAGAAGUUCAUGGCCAGCUUGACUGGAGCCUUGCAGCAGAAUGACAUUAAGAAGGCACGGAGACUGGUGCAGGACUUUACUGCUCAUUACAGAAGAAGAAACGUGACCCCCCGUAACGCGACGAGGGGUUUGGACUACACUUUUAGCUAUUCAGGAUAAGGUUGAGCAAAAGGUUUGGAAGACAUAUAGGGUGAGAAUUUAGCGGAGUUGAAGUAGCAUCAUUAACGGUAGCAUUAAUCGCAUGGAAGCGGUUGGAAGAUAGGAAUAAGGAAGACUAACAAACAAACAUCGCCGUCAU